ACGAGAAACACAUUUGCUGUUAUGAAUAAUUGCAGAGGCAUUCCGAUUCGGCUUGGAUUGUCGCGUUGUUCGUACGUUUUUCUCCUAUUUGUUGUAUAUUGUUGUUGAUGGAAAUUUGAUAGUUGUGUAAAAAAAGAAAAGAAGCGAACAUGGAUUUCCAGCACCGUGCUGGCGGUAAGACGGGAGUGGGGGGUGUAGCCUCGGCCUCGGAGUCGAACAGAGACCGGAGGGAGAGGCUGAGACAGCUGGCCUUGGAGACCAUCGACCUCAACAAGGAUCCUUAUUUUAUGAAAAAUCAUUUGGGGUCUUAUGAAUGUAAGCUGUGCCUGACUCUCCACAAUAAUGAGGGUAGCUACCUGGCUCACACCCAAGGAAAAAAACAUCAGGCUAACUUGGCCCGUCGAGCAGCCAAAGAAGCCAAAGAAGCACCAGCCCAGCCUGCCCCCGAGAAAGCAAGGGUCGAUAUCAAGAAAUUCGUGAAAAUAGGAAGGCCUGGUUACAAGGUGACCAAACAGAGGGACCCUGACAAUGGUCAGCAGAGCUUACUGUUUCAGAUUGAUUACCCAGAGAUUGUGGAGGGAAUAGCUCCACGACACAGAUUUAUGGCAGCUUAUGAGCAGAAGGUGGAGCCACCUGACAGGAAAUGGCAAUAUCUGUUGUUUGCGGCUGAGCCAUAUGAGACUAUUGCCUUUAAGGUACCAAGCCGUGAAGUGGACAAGGAUCCAAAAAAGCUUUGGUCGCACUGGAAUAGAGAAACCAAACAGUUUUUCCUGCAGUUUGCUUUCAAGAUAGAAUCCAAGACCCCGAUGUCACUUCCGCCUCCUCCAACAGAGGGAAAGAAAGAAGUGCCAAUUCCAGCAAGCUCUGCCUCUGUCCCCCAACAGCUUCCUCCCCCACCCCGCAUGCCCCCUCCCCCAAGGAUGCCCCCACCACCCCCAAUGGGACAAGCAGGAGGGGGACCUCCUCCCAUGCCACCUCAACAUGGAAUGCCCACUAUGGGUCAGGGCAUGCCUCCACCUCCCAUGCCCCCUGGUGGGGUCCCUCCCCCAGGACCUCCCCCAAACAUGCCAGCUCCUCCCCCUCCCCCUGUUCCUCCCCCUGGGUUACCCCCAGGGAUGCCACCGGGAGCUUCAAAUAUUGCCCCUCCUCCUCCUCCACCCCCAAAGUAAAACUUAUCACUGGAUCUGGAGUAGAUGAACUUAACUUCAGAGUGAAUAGUCUCUUGAUGUUUGCAGAUCAAUUUUAUAUCAUUGUCAUUAGAGAAUAAAAAAGAUAGAUGUCAUUCUGUCAAGUUGACUUAUUGA